UCCACCUCUAUUAAUCCACCUUGUGUCAGUGGCUCUAUUUGAGAAUAUAAAAAUCGAUAAUUGGCCGAUUAAAUUGUAUCGUGUUAACAGUUGCUUGGUGUGGUAAAUGUAAACAAGCUCUAUUUUAAUUUUUUUUGUUUGCGUCAAGAAAAUUUAAGAUGGGAGGUGGUGAUUUGAAUUCAAAAAAAUCAUGGCAUCCUCACACGUUGAAAAAUCAGGAGCAAGUUUGGAAAGCCGAACAGGCGAAAGCACUUGAAGAGAAAAAACUUAACGACUUGCGAAAAGAAAUUCAGGAAGAAAGGGACCUUGAGCAACUCAAAAGAGUCGGGCGGGAGAAUGGUGUUUUAGACGGCAACCAAGGAAGCGACAAAAAGUUGGAUUGGAUGUAUAAAAAUAGCCAUGAUCUCAUAAAUAGAGAUGAAUAUUUAUUAGGUCGUAAAGUUGAUAAGUCUUUCGAAGUACUUCAAGCUGAAGAACAGCAAAAAGAGAAAAACACCCUUGUUGGUGUUAAGCAACCUUUGAAUCAUGUGGAACAUGAAUGUGUACCUUUUUCCAUUAGGGCAUACAAAAACCUUCAAAUAACAGAACAAGUAGAUCUUCAGCGCAAAUUUAUGGAAGAUCCCUUAAUGCUGAUCAAACAACGAGAAAUGGAAUCUAGACGAAAAAUACUUGAGAAUCCAGUAAAAUUGAAAGAGCUGCAUCGUAUAUUAAAAACAGAUGAGAAGCUUAGAAAAGUGGCAAAAAAGUCCAAAAAAUCUAAAAAGAGUAAAAAGUCUAAAAAGAAGCACAAAAAAAGAAGCAAAUCCUCCUCGUCUAAUUCAUCUAAAUCUGAAUCAAAUAAUGAAAGUGACUCUGAUCUUGAUAGCAAAUUAGCAAAAAAGCUUAAAGUAGGCAUAUUAGACGAAGAAGACAUUUUGCAAAAGGGUAUUAACCUAAAUAAACUCUUGGAUUCAAAAUAUGAGAAAAUAUCUCAAGAGUUAGACAAAGCUGCUCGCAAAAAAUCUCGCAAAAGAUCACAAAAAAGUGGAAAUAGUGAUAGCAGUUCUGAAAGUUCUGGCUUUGAAUUGAGAAAGAAAACUGAAAAUAAACCGAAAAACACAACACGAGAUAGAGAAUAUAAAAGACGAAAAGAUAGAUCCAAAACACCCACAUCUGCAUCGGAACGAGCAGAAUACAGUAGACACCAAACUAGCACAAGAGCUGCAAGGUCGCCAUAUCGUAGCACAAUGUACAACACAAGGUCUAGAUCUAGAUCCAGAAAGAGAGCAAUGAAAAGAACUUCGAGAUCACAUUCUCGAUCUAUGGAAAGAAGAGCCAUAAAAAAUAUAUCUUUUAAAACAAAAGACGCGAGAUCGAGAUCCAAUUCAAUGAGUAAAUAUGGACACAGAUCUAGGUCGGCAUCAAGUUCACACAAUCGGAAAGAUCGAACUUCUAUGAAAAAUACAAGAAUAUUCCCGCGACAAACUAAAUCACCGCGACCUAUCGAAAAGCAAUUCAGUAGAAGGUCUAGAUCUAGUUCCAGACACAGAACCACUAGAAGAGUUUUCAGAUCACACUCUCGUUCUAGAGAAAGAGAACACAUUAAAAAGAAUUUACAUAAUACGAAACAUACAGCGAGAUCUAGAUCUAACUCUAUGAGUAAACGUAGACACACAUCUAGAUCCCGUUCGCGCUCAUACAAUAGAAAAGAUCGCAAAUCUACAAAACAAUCAAGGGUCACACCAUGCCCUUCAAAUUCGCCGGAAUACAGGAAAAAACAAUCCCAAGUAUUCGCAUCUGCUUCCACUCAACGACAAAGCAAACUCACAGAUGAGGAGAAACAAGCAAGACUUCGAGAAAUGAUGUCAAACGCAGAAUGGAGGGAAGAAGAACGCUCGCUUGCAGUUCGAAAACAUCGCGAGGAAUAUGCCCGCGAAGAGGAGCAAAAUAAAAAAUUGGAUUUUGAUAAGGAUUUUCUGAAUAAAGAAGUAAAAAAGGCAAUAGCCAACCAAACCUCGGUUAGCUCGCGUUUGCGAGCCAAUCUCAAUAACAUACAGAGGACGUCAUCUGCCAUGAAUGCCAAUUUUGCUAAAAAAUAGGAACACAUCAUUCAUAAUUUAAUGACGUUUCUACUGAUACUUUAUUUAAACUUUUAAUAAACAACUAGUUACGAAGUA